AUGGCUAAAAAUGAUAAUAUCGAUAAUCCGAACGAAUGGGUUGAAAAUGCUAUUUCAAAGAAGCUUAUUAAAUAUUAUGAAUAUAAACAUUUUAAUAAUAUUAAAGAAAUUGGCACCGGAUCAUUCGGAAAAGUUUAUCGUGCAAAUUGGAAAAAUCCGGAAAAAUAUGAAAAAUAUUUAGCAAUAAAAUCUUUUUUAAAAUUUAACAAAGCUACCGCCAAUGAGAUCAUUGAAACGUUAAAACUUCAAAGCGAAGCCGAUUUUCAUGAUAGUGUUAUUCAUUUCUUUGGAGUUACGUCAGAAAAUGAUCAAAAUAAUCUAUCGAAAAAUUAUUCAUUGGUAAUGGAGUAUGCAGACGGUGGAACUCUUAGAGAAUAUUUAAGAAAAAAUUUUGAUAAAAUUACCUGUGAUGACAAAUUGUGUAUGGCUUAUCAACUUGUUUGUGCUGUUUCGUGCUUGCAUAAUGAAGGAAUUGUGCAUAGUGAUUUGCACUCAAAGAACAUAUUAGUUAACCAAAAUAUUGUUAAACUAGGCAAUUUUGGGCUAUCGAAAAGGUUCGAAGAAGAUACCCAAAGUCAAUCAAGAUUAUUUGGCGUGAUUCCAUAUAUUGAUCCAAAAAGGUUAAUUGAACGAAAAUAUAAAUUAAAUAAAAUGAGUGAUGUAUAUAGUAUAGGAGUAUUGUUAUGGGAAAUAUCCAGUGGUCGACCACCUUUUUAUACCGAAGAUGAGCAAUACGAUAUUAGUUUAAUUUAUGAAAUUACACAAGGUUUGAGAGAAAAGCCCAUUCCAAAUACUUCAAUCGCUUAUAUCAAUUUAUAUACCGAUUGUUGGAAUGAGGAGCCAGAUAAUCGUCCAACUAUGAGUGAAGUAGUGGAUCGACUGAAAGAUAUUAUUUUUCCAAAUGAUGAAACGACAAAAAUUGAUCAGACGGGUGACGAUGAUUUAGUCAUUAUAAAUAUUGACAAGUCUGAAUUUUCAUCAGCUGGUAGAUUGGAUAAAAAGGUUACGAAUAAAAUAUAUGAAAUAACGGAAUAUUUGAAUGAUCAAUUUUUAAAACACGUUGAUGAAUUAGUUAAUCUUAUUUGUAAAGAGGUAAAUGAAGGAAAAGAAUUGGGAAUAACAAAAGAACAUAUCUAUGAUUAUUUCAAAAAUCAUAAUAUAAACUUACAAGAAAUUUAUGAUUGGUUACUACAUAAUCAAAAUAAUACAAAUUCUAUAUUUUUGCUUGGAUAUUUGAAUUAUCGUGGGAUUGGAACAAUCAAAAAUGAUUGGAAAGCAUUUAAUUUGUUUUUUGAUGCAUUAAAAAAAGAUCACAUAUUAGCACGAUAUCAUGUUGGAUUAUAUUAUGAAACUGGUAAUACAAUUGUAAAGGAUGAAAAGUUAGCUUUUGAACUUUAUGAAAAUAUAGCAAACAAAAAUCAUGCAGCAGGAGAAUACAAAAUCGGGUAUUUCUAUGAAAAAGAAAUAGGUAUCAAAAAAGAUACAAAUCUAGCGAUUUGUUGGUAUGAAAAAGCCGCAAAUAAUGGAAAUAGUAGGGCUCAAUAUAGCCUUGCUUUUAUGUACAAGGAAGGAAAAGUUAUUGAAAAAGAUAAUGUCAAAGCUUUUGAUUUAUUUAAAAAAUCGGCUGAAAGAAAAUAUUCAAAUGGAAUAAAUAUGUUAGGGUGUUGUUAUGAAGUUGGAAUUGGAACUAGAAUAAAUAGAAAAAUAGCAUUCGAAUUAUAUAAAACUGCUGCAGAUUUAGGAAAUACAUAUGGAAUAAACAAUUUAGGUCGUUGUUACCAAGAUGGAAUUGGGACUAGAAUUGAUAAAUAUAAAGCACUUGAAUUAUAUCAAAAAGCAGCAAAACUUGGAAAUAAUAAAGCUCAAGUUAAUCUUGCCAGAAAAUAUGAGAUUGGAGAAGGACUUGCAAAAGAUAUAAACCAAGCGAUCUAUUGGUAUGAAAAAUCUGCCAAACAAGAAAACCUAAAUGCACAAAUGAAGUUAAUGAGGCUAAAAGAAUUAGUUUAA